GACGACAUCUAAGGUGCGACGUGGAGGCCGGGGAGAAAGCGUGGCUGAGCACUUGAGGGAUCACUUCUCUCUCCAAAAUGGUGAAAUCGGGUAAACUUCGGUCGGGAACGGCGCAGAAAUUAAAGCGAUGGAAGAAAGGACACAGCAGCGAUUCAAACCCACAGACGAGUCGAUAUCGACAAGCUGCCAGAAGCCGAUUUUUCAGUCGGCCGAUAGAAAAAAGUGAUCUUACGGUUGAUGCCCUGAAACUGCAUAAUGAGCUUCAGACAGGUUCUCUGGAAAGAAAGAAAGAUGGCUUGGAGGAUGCCAUGGAGGAGACGGCAGCGCUCACUGAGCGAACAUCAGGCACAUUUCUGAGCGGACUGUCUGAUUGCUCUAAUCUGACUUUUAGAAAAGUUCAGCGAUACUGGGAAUCCAACUCUGCUGCACACAAAGAGAUCUGUGCUGUACUGGCAGCUGUUACAGAAGUGAUUCGCUCUCAAGGGGGAAAGGAGACAGAGACAGAAUACUUCGCUGCUUUGAUGACGACCCUCGAGGCGGUUGAGAGCAGUGAGUCGCUGGCUGCUGUUGCCUACCUGCUCAACCUGGUAAUGAAAAGGGUACCUGCUCCAGUGCUGAUAAAGAAAUUCUCAGACACAGCAAAGGCCUUCAUGGAUGUCAUGUCAAAACAAGCCACUGCUGACUGUGUGUCCUGUGUUCGAUGGAUCUUGUCGUGCCUGGCCACUUUGCUGAGGAAGCAGGAUCUCUCCGUGUGGAGUUAUCCAUCCACCCUGCAGGUGUAUCAUGGUCUACUCAGCUUCACUGUGCACUCCAAACCAAAGGUGCGUAAAGCAGCUCAGCAGGGUGUGUGUGCCAUCCUGCGUGGCAGUGACUGCAUGUUUGGAGAUAAUGCGCCCAGCCACCAUCCCGCUGCCGUUACCACAGCCAAGUACUGCAUUAAAGAGAUGGAGCAGGCAGGAGGUAGCAAGGAAGAUACGACCACGCUGCAUGUGCUGGGGCUUCUGAAGGAACUGAUUACUACGUUUCCUCUCAGCUCAGUGAAAUCUUGCUGUGAGACUCUUCUUCGUGUGAUGACCCUGAGUCAUGUGCUAGUGACGGCGAGUGCAAUGCAGGCUUUCCACAAACUUUUCAGGGGAAAACCAAAUCCCUCCUCCAUGUCUGCAGAGCUCAAUGCCCAGAUUAUCACGGCUUUGUAUGACUAUAUUCCUAGUGAAAACGACUUGCAGCCACUGCUAGCCUGGCUUGCUGUCAUGGAGAAAGCCCAUGUCCAUUUAUCCAGCUUACAGAGCUCUUUGAGUCUGGGUCACCUUCCUCGUCUCUUUUCCGCUGCCAUGUCCUGUCUCCUUUCCCCCCACACACAGGUCGUCUCUGCCGCCACACAGACUCUGAAGACCCUGAUCAAUGAGUGUGUGGCACCGCAUAUGGCAGAGAUCGGGCCUGUUCUACCCAGUGUAUCUGCUGGUAAUGCGCUUUACGUCUGUAAAAUGUUCCGUGUUGUAGAGGAAGGCUUGUCUUAUCGCUUCCAUGCUUCGUGGCCUUUUGUGCUGCAGAUCCUUGGCUGCUUCUACAGAGCUGCAGGGAAACAGGCUCAUCCUGUUAUGAUGAAGAGUCUGCAGUCUCUGAGUGACCUACGUGCGACGCCACAGUUCCCAUUCUGUGGCGAGUUGGAUUUGGCAGUAGGGGGCGCAGUGGAGAGCAUGGGCCCACAGGUGGUCCUCAGCGCUGUCCCACUCCUCAUCACUGGGACUGAUGAUGACCUGGAGUUCCCACGCAGCUGGCUUAUCCCAGUCAUCAGAGAUAAUGUAAAGAACACCCAGCUGGCAUACUUCACCUCUUACUUCCUUCCCCUGGCAUCCACACUAAAACAGAGAGCGGAUGAACUCGAGAAGACAGGACAGAAGCUGGUGGCAAAAGUGUAUCAGACAUUACAGUUGCAGAUCUGGACGAUGCUUCCUGGGUUCUGCACUAAGCCCACUGAUGUGGUCAGCUCGUUUAAGGGCAUUGCCCGCUCACUGGGUAUGGCCAUCACUGAGCGCCCUGAUCUCCGCAUGUGCAUCUACCAAGCCCUGCGCACACUCAUCCACAAGAGCUGUGAGACAGAGGAGGAGAAGGCAGAAGUGGGCCGCUUCGCUAAGAACUUUUUGCCCAUUCUAUUUAACGUCCACACACAGCAGCUAGCGCCUGGAGAAAGCGACCCAUCCAGGCUGGCUGUGCUCGACACCAUCAGAGCUUACCUGACAGUCAGUGAUCACAAGAUGGUAGGCUCUUUUCUGCAAAAAUCCUUGGAGAGGCUCAGCAGCCCUGACAACUCCGAGUUUACACGGUUUGCUUUGAUGGAUUUAGUGGUAGUAAUGUCUGCAUUUGUGGACGAGGAGGCUAUGGCACAAACAUACGAACAAAUCAAACCCUACUUGGAGAGUAAGGAGUCUGGUAUUCAGAAGAAAGCAUACCGGGUGUUGGAGGAGAUGUGUGGUGGAGAAAGGGAGCCAUGUAAGCAUUUUGUCUUGGCCAAUCUGGAACAGCUCAAGGUGGUCCUGCUGGACAGUCUGAAGAGCGCAUCCUCACCUGCCAAAAGACCCAGACUGAAGUGCCUCAGUCACAUUGUGAGGCAGCUGAAUGAAGAACACAAGGACUUCAUCACUGCACUUCUCCCUGAGGUUAUAAUUUGCACGAAGGAAGUCUCUGUUGGAGCACGCAAAAAUGCCUACUCCCUCUUGGUGGAGAUCGGCAAUGCCUUUAUCCGGUUCUGUGGAAACACCACAGAUGCCUUGAAUGAGUACUUGGGCCAUGUGUACAUUGGGCUCACUGGAUCAGUCACGAUGAUUACCUGCACUGUACUGGCCCUUACCAGACUUGUGUUUCAGUACAAAGACUCCAUAGACGUAUCAUCACUGGAGCAGCUGCUGCACAACGUCUGCUUGCUGCUCACAUGCAGGACAAGGGAGAUUGUCAAGGCCUCUUUAGCCUUCAUCAAGGUCAUCCUCUUCAUCCUGGAUGUAAAAGUUCUAGCCAGUCAUGUGACCGUUAUUAUGGAAGGCAUUGGCAGUAUGAAAGACGACAUGAGAAGACACUGCAGGACAAAGCUGAAAAACAUUUUCACUAAAUUAAUCCGCAAGUUUGGCUUCGAGCUGGUCAAGAGCAUGCUGCCUGCGGAAUUUCACAAAGUGCUGGCGAACAUCCGUAAAGUGGAGGCCAGAACGAAGAGACGCAAGCUGGUGAACAAGGCUGAGGAGGAAGGUUCAGACAGCGAGGAAGACACUCCUAAAACCAAAACUGACAGUAUUGAGGACAUCCUGGCAGAGACGGACUCUGAUGACUCGGAGGAUGAGAAGCCUAAAAAAGGCCAGAAGAAGCCAGUUAAACAAAAGGCGCAGGCCUGGCUGAAAGAAGGAGUGUCUGAUGAACCGCUCAACUUCCUUGAUCCUAAAGCAGCACAGAGAGUUCUCUCCACCAACCCUGACUUGAAGAAGACACCCAAGAUUGAGCAUGGCUUCAAGGUGACAUCAGACGGGAGAUUGAUCAUUAAAGAUGACGAUGAGGAAGAUGAUGGAUCUAAAGGUGACAAGGAAAUUGAUGAUAUCUUGAAAGAGGCUGGAGUGAAAAUGAAAAAGAGCCAGAAGAGGAAAAUUGAAGAUGAUAUGCAUGAUGACAUGGAGAUUGAGCCACAACUGAAAUAUAAAGCUGGAGGCAGUGGGAUUCACAGACCUCUGGGAGGAAGAGAGGAGUCAGGUGCUGAUUACAAAGCUAAGAAAGGAAAAGGUGACAUUAAGAAGAAGGGGAAGCACGACCCAUAUGCCUACAUCCCUCUUAAGAAGGCCCAGCUCAACCGCAGGAAAAAGGCCAAACUGCAGGGCCAGUUUAAGGGCAUGGUCAAAGGAGCGAAGAAGGGAGCGCUGUCUGGAAAGAGAAUGCAGAAAAAUAAGAGGAGAGCCUGAGAUAUAUAUAUAAACAGUUGUAAUAUUUCUAAAUGUGGAUGGACAGUUUUGUUUAUGGACUACCUUAAAGAGGUUAUAGUCUGGAUCGGAUCACUUCAUCUUGCUACAUCAUGCUUUGUGGCCUAGAAAUGUGAGGAAGGUUGCAAACGUGUUCCACUAGUGCAACUAAGAAAGUUGUUCCACUACUGAGAUUACGACUAACUGUGUUCCUCUCAUCAGUGUGUGCUCCUUUCCCACCAAAUGGUUGUUUUGAAGGUGGAAAUGGGUGGAUUACACAAGAUGGAAUUGUGAGAUAAAUGUAUUUAUGUGUUGGAAAGUAAACAUGGUUAAAACUGAGAAA